AUGCUGCUCAAGGAGUAUGGUCUGGUUUGGACGCCAGAUGCUCAAGUCACAGAGCCUCCAGAUUCCUCAUCUGGAGGAGUUACAGUUGAUUUCCAGGUCAUAAAGUCGCGAAUAGAGAAGCUCAACGCCACAGUCGCCGAUACAGCCCAGAAGGUGGUCAAGGAGGUGGUGGGCCCUACUUGCCGUGCACGUCUGCAAGAUGCUGAUCGGCUCCCGCUCACAUUCUUCAAUGAUGGACUGAAAUUGGCACAGCAUACGUUUCUUCCUUUUGAGACGAGCUCCGCACAAGAAAUCAUCCGAAAUCUCCUUGAUGGCUGCCUGCCGCGAAUGCUGUGGGAAGAGUAUCCGGAUGGUGUAGCAAUGCAAGCCGUCGAUCGUACCAAGCAUUCCUUCCGGACAUGGCUGAAGGAGGGGGAGGCUGCUGAUACUGAGCUUUGCCACGGCGGUGAUCGCCUUCGGCCGCCUGGAGCUCUGGUCAUUCAUGAGGACAGCCAAAACGCAUCUGAGCGUUUUCUGGCAAAACUUCCCGAACGGGUGCUGCGCAAUGGCCAAGUCUGUGAGGUCCGCGCGGCUAUUGCCCAGAGGCUUGGAGUGGGAAGCACGUCUGUUCGAAGUUCCUCUGCGCCACCAAGUGCUGAGGUGUCACUCCUGCAGCCCAAUCGCCCUUCGAGUGCACCAGCUGCGCGCUUGCAGGUGAAGCUUGAAUGCGGGCAGAAGGUUCUUUUGAGAAUGGAAUUUGGUGACACCGUCGGUGACCUGUGGCAGGCCCUCUCGGAGUGGCGUUCGAAGAACCGUGUGGCGCGCGCACGGCCUGGAUGCGUGCUGAGGACUGCCUUUCCCCCGAAGGCUUACACGGACAGAAGCGAAACGUUGGAAGCAGCAGGGCUGACGCCCAGUGCCACGCUCUUUGUAAGUUGCGAGGCGGUGGAUCAAGAGCAUCCUGCAUGA